CUCUUGUUGCCAUGAAUGAUGAGGAUAUUGCUUUACCGGCUGAUACUUUAGCCAUUUUAAAUCAAUUUUUGGCUGAAAAGGCUCAACGCGAACAACAGGAAUUGGACAAAAUUGAACAAAAAGCGGGUACAGAAGCCGAAUUUGAAGAGGAUUGGCAAUUAAGUCAAUUUUGGUAUAGUACGAGUACCAAAAAGAGUUUGGGAUCUGCGGUCAGUCAAUUGCUAGAGGAUGUAGCGGAUAAAUCUGCCUAUAGUAUUGCUUUGCUAUCAAGUCCAUCUUUAUACGCUACUGUUAAAGAAAUACAUGGCAAUGUAAAAAUCUUUGAAUUUGACAAACGCUUUUCCGCCUAUGGAGAUGAUUUUGUUUUUUACGAUUUCAAUGAAGGUGACAAUGAGCACUACCUUGCAGAACUCUGGCAUAAGUUCGACCUAAUUAUAGCAGAUCCACCCUUUCUCUCGGAAGAAUGCAUAACAAAAAUAUCUAAAAUUAUAAAAAAUCUUCUAAAACCCCAAGGCAAAAUCAUAUUUUGUUCGGGCGAAAUUGUGGAACCCUGGUUGACUGCUAGCCUGCCGGUAAAUAAAUGUAAAUUUCAACCUGAACAUGAGCGUAAUUUGGGCAAUGAAUUUGUAUCAUAUGCCAAUUUUAGUUUAGACGAAUUUAUAAAAGCAUAAAAAGAAAAUACAUAUAACACCAAAAAAAAAACUUUUGUAGAAAAAGAACAAAA